AUGGAGCCGCUCAAGUUUGCGCCGUGGACAUCAGAGAUCGACCUAGGCUUUUACUCAGCGCUUGGUAACCUCAAGCUUAACCAUGACAGACUGGACUCUUCAGCCCGCAGAGUACUGGGCGUGUACCAGAUCCAGACAAAGGACAAACCCGAGCGCUCAGCGCGCAUGCAGAUUCACAAUGCCGCCUUGACCCAAGACCAUGUUCCCGCUGGCUUCUAUCGCGGCGAAGGUUACAUCCGCAACUACAACACCAUGGACGAGUACAAGCAAGUCGACAAAGCCGCCCACAUCGAACGCGCAGGACGAACCAUCUGGGACGCCAUCAACGACGGAACCAUCUUCUCAUGUCCCUCGCUAUUAUCCUCUUUCUCAGCCAUCUGCUACGCCGACCUCAAGAAGUUCAAAUUCACAUACCAAUUCGCAUACCCCGCCUUGCACUCGGACCCCACAUGGUCGUGUUCGACUGCUCAAAAGAUCUCACCAAAGGAGACACUCGAGUUGGUUGACAAGGUACAAACAUGGAGAUACAGCGUCGAUGGAAGACAGCAUGGCUUCUUUCUAGCAAAGAAAAUCAGGGGAGACUUGCUUGAUGACGACCAUGAGUCACACACCCCGCUUGACGAACCCGAUGACCGAGACUUUGAGCAUGACCACAAGCCCGAUGACACACCAGACUACCGUUGGAAGAUUGCUGCCCUUGCAAACUAUGAGACGGGCUUCUUCAACGAUGUUGACGCCGAUGAUCAAUACAUCUGUUUCGCCGACCCCUCGACCUUCGAGUCCAAUCCUGGAUGGAUGCUAAGAAAUCUGCUCGUCCUGGUUCGUCAACGAUGGAGGCUCGACAAGCUUCAGAUUAUGUGCUAUCGCGACACCCAUGUUCGUCGGGAGGACCCACACAGCAUCUUCUUCAAGGCCGAAUCGAUCCCACCAUCAGAGCGUGGCCCCAUGCCAAAGAUUACAGGGUGGGAGCGCGACACAAGAUCUAGAAACUCUUCUCGUAUCGUUGACAUGGGCGCGUACAUGGAUCCCACUCGCCUUGCUGAUGCAGCCGUCGACUUGAACUUGAAGCUCAUCAAGUGGCGUAUUGCUCCUUCAAUCGAUCUCGACAUCAUCAAGGAGACCAAAUGUCUUCUGCUAGGUGCAGGCACUCUCGGCUCGUACGUCUCACGCUGCCUAAUCGGCUGGGGCGUGAGGAAAAUCACUUUUGUCGACAACGCCAAAGUCAGUUACAGCAACCCCGUCCGUCAGCCGCUCUUCACCUUUGACGACUGUCUGAACGGAGGAUCUCCGAAGGCCGAAACAGCUGCUCAGGCGCUCAAGAAGAUUUACCCUAGUCUCGAUGCCAUAGGCCAUCAAAUCUCGGUCCCAAUGGCCGGUCACCCCAUCAUGGAUGAGAAGAAAGUCAGAGCCGACUUCGACAAGCUACAACAACUCAUUGCAGAUCAUGAUGCCAUCUUUCUGCUUAUGGAUUCACGCGAGUCACGCUGGCUACCGACAGUUAUGGCUAAAGCAGCAGGCAAGAUUGUCAUCAACGCUGCUCUGGGUUUCGACUCAUACAUGGUGAUGCGACAUGGUGUACCCUCACAGCCUGAACAAGAGAGGCUAGGCUGCUACUUCUGUAACGAUGUAGUCGCUCCCGCCGACUCCCAAAAAUCAGCUACGCUCGAUCAACAAUGCACAGUCACCCGUGCCGGCGCCGCACCCAUGGCUUCGGCCCAGGCCGUCGAACUCUUGGUCUCCAUACUCCAACAUCCUGACAAAGCAGCCGCACCUGCCCCUCCGGUGAACGACCCAGAGGCUCAGCACCCGAAUCACCCCCUUGGCAGUGUACCACACACCCUACGCGGCUACCUCUCGAGCUGGCGCAUCCUCAAAAUCAGAGGCCAAGCUUACAACUGCUGUUCAGCCUGUUCGCCUACCAUCGUCAAGCUUUACAAUGACGCUGGCUGGGACUUUGUAAAGCGUGCCAUUAACGAGAAUGGAUACGUUGAGGAAGUAUCUGGGUUGGCAGCAGUCCAGAAGGGAGUCGAUGAUCUAGAGGACGAUCUGGCUUGGAGUGAAGGCGAAGAGGACACUGAAGAAGCUGAGCUCAUUUAG